AUGGCGAAUCCUUUCGCCGCGGAUGAAAGGACCAAGGAUGUAGAUUGGGAUAGUUUCCUCGACAUGGGCAUGUUGGAGGAGAUAUCGCACCCGGGGACAGCAGAGACCACAAACGCUUCGGAAUCGAACCUCAUGCUCUCGGAGGAUUCAAACGAACUACAGUUCCCCAUGGAGGAUAUACGAAUGGAUACUUCAGAUUGUACAAUAGCUUCAAGCAGUAUCAAACAGGCAGACUAUACUGGACAAGAAACUGAAACAGGAGAUGCAGAAGAUCAGUGUUGGUCACAAAUCCCAACGGCAACUCAGCCAGGCGCGCUUAUGUAUGCUCCCAAUCCUCCUCCUCCAUCGCGGUAUUUCCCAUCCAUCGAUACUCAUACAUCUCCUCAUUUGGGACAGAUACAAACAAUCGAUUCAAUAUCCAAUGAUUCAAGAUCUCUUGUGAAUUCAGAGCCUGGAUAUCCAAAUCUCAUGCCGAUGGAUACAGAGAUGUACUUGACAGGAGAUUGGAAUGUUGGAGACAUGCAGCAGCCUCCUUUGGGAUCUUUCGUGCAGCCGACGCCAGCACAUGUUGGGGAUUCGUAUUCGCCGCUGGUACCUCCUUAUCUCUUUGAUCCCGCUGUUAUGGGUCAAUCACGUUCUGAGCAAAUCGAUCAUACUCUCCUGAGUCAGGGAGUCGUUAAUCAACACCCUCAAUCCCACUAUGAGAGAGCUCUCGCUCUUGAGGUGCCACAUCUGGACCUUCAUCUCCAAAACGCUCUAUUCACUUUCGACCACAAUGAUGGCAGUCAGAGUCGGAGUUCUCAAUAUCAGCACAUCGACCAGACAUUCCCAUUACCUCCUCCCAACUCACCAAACACGACUUUCCUCCAAGAGAUCCCUUUCUCCCCACUACCUCUUCCCAAUUCACCUAAUACAACCUUCCAUCAAAAGAUCCCCUUCUCCCCACCACCACCUCAAUCAUCGCCCCCAACCUCCCCCCYCACCAAAUCCAAAAGCCGCGCUCGCUCCCUCUCCUUCACACCCCAACCAAACAUCCAAGGACCCUGCCUCACAUGCGGUCGAAACUACCGCACCUCCACCUCACCAGGUCGAUGUGCUCGCUGUGGUCUCAAAUGGGAACGACACACCGCGGGUCCACCAACCUACACUUUGGAUCCCACAGUCCCAUCCCUAGAAGCCGCUCGACAAUUACUAUAUCCCAUAUCCAGAGGACGACAACGUCCAGACGAUGAUGUACAUUCUGUAAUUUCCGUGCCUGGGAGUCAGGAUUUUUGGGUGCGGAAAUGGAUGGAUGAUAUUAGUACUCCUGUUACGAAUCCCGCCGAGGAAGAAGCCGGAGCGAAAGCGAGCUGGGCGAUGAAUCAACAGACGACUUUUAAUCAGAAAGCUAAGAUGGAUCGGGAAGGGGAAUUUUCGCCUGCUUUUGUUACUGCGAGGAUGCGGGCGCUUUGGUGGGAAGUGGUGGUUUUUCAUGGAGGGGGGAUUUCCUUGUAUCCUGUUGGGGGGGAUAGUAUGGGGUAUCCUGAGGAUUUGGAGUUGAGGUUUGGGGAGAGGUUGGAGGCUAUUGGGGAUGUUAUGAGGGUGGAUAAGAGGACUGUUAUGGAUGUUGUUGAGGGGAGGGGAGUUGGUGCUUUUGUGGGGAAUCCUUGGGGCUUUCAUAAGCGGAAGGAUUCGAAUAAUGGGUGUAAUGUGAAGAAGAAGGAUGUUCUGAAGAGAGUUCUAGGGGAUGCAAGAACUGCUGGGAGAAGAAAUAGAGGGAGGAAGAAGGCAAGUAGAGGUUCUUCGGUUGGAGUGGCAGAUGAUGGUGAGGGAAGUCGAAGGGAGGAGGAUGAUGAUGAAGAUUUUGAUCCUGAUGGAAGACCUGUCGAGAUGAUGGAAUAG